AUGGCUUCCGAUCAACCGCAACCACAAGACCCCAAAACCAUUCCUCUCAAAGUCCUAAUAGACAAACAAAACAACAAAGUUGUUGCUGUCGAAGCACCCAAACACUUCAUCGACACUCUCUUCAGUUUCCUCUCUCUUCCACUCGCCACCAUCAUUCGUCUCUUAUCAACCAACAACAACGAUCAACAACAACCACAAUCCCCACAAUCAUCCAACAACAAUGAUCAACAACAACCACAAUCCCCACAAUCAUCCAACAACAAUGAUCAACAACAACAACAACCACAAUCAUCAUCAGAAUCUUCACCACUACUCGGAAGCAUCGAAAGCCUCUACGAAAGUGUAAAAACCCUCACCCCAAACGACGUUUGGAAUCCAGUAUGCAAACAAAUGCUACUGAGCCCCAAGAAUCCAUGUGAAUCACUUUGCUCGAAGCUGUUCUUGAAUAUUGAUGAUACUGAAGUAUCAAGUAGGUUUUUUGUGUGUGCUUCUUGUAACAAGUUUACUACUUUUCAGAAUCUUGAUUGUACUUGUGGAAAACCAACUAAUAAACGGCCUAAGAAUUUGGAUUCUGAGGGUCAGGGGAAUAGUACUGGUGUUGUUGUUGAUGAUGCCUUAAAUGGGGUUUUUGUGAAGGAAAAUAGGUCAUUGUUUUUGGUUUUUGAUGAUUUGAAGAUUGUGCCUAGUUCCUUGGUGACUUCCAUGCAGAUGUUGAAGGAAUUGGGGUAUUCAAAUUUGAGUCAAUUGGAGGAAGUUACACACAACAUUGGAAAGCAAGAGAUAUUGAACCUCCUCAAGUACGUCUUAACUUCUCAUGAGCCUCUAACAAAUACAAUUUUGAAAAGUAGCUCCAAGAAGAAAGAUAACUCACCAAGCCAGUUUGCUUCCGCAGUCAAAGUAAAAACUUGCACUAGUGACAUUAAAAUGGAUGUUAAGCUAGUGCGAAGUAAAUCUCAGAAAAAGAUAAUCUUUGCAGAAACCGGCGAAAACUUUGUUGACUUCAUUUUUAGCUUUCUUACAAUACCACUAGGGUCCAUUGUAAAGCUUUUGGAUGGUAAUUCUUUUAUUGGAAGUGUUGAUAGUUUGUACAAAAGUGUGGAGAACUUGGACUCGUCCUGCUGUACAGAGUCGCGCUCUGUGUUACUCAAUCCUGGUGUCCUACGACAGUUCGGUUAUCCAAACCAGCCCCUCAACAUUCCUAAUGUACAAGCAUCCACCGCUACAUAUUAUUAUGGUACAGGGAUACCAAAACAAGAGUGGGAUAAUCGUUAUAAUUGCUAUCAUACAAUUGAAGUAAAGGUAGAGGGAGGAGUGAUUUCUAAGACACGAGGAUUAAUUUAUAAUGCAAAAGCCUUGACUGGACUGGAUCCAAGAUCCCCCAACAAAUCGAUACAAAAUGUGGUAGGAUUUGUGAAGAGACCAGCAUUAUAUGGUGUACGAGAUGAUCUAAAAAUACAAUCAUUUUCUUCUAAUUCCUGCCUUUCAUAUUUGAAAGAAUUGAGCUUUCCCCUUGAUGAUCUUGAAAUGAAGGUGAUAAGCAUCGGUGAAGCUGAGGCUCUGAGCCUCCUUGCAGCUUCCUUGACUUCAAAAUGUACACUAACUGGUGGACUAGAAGACUUCUUUAAUGUGCCAAAACAAGAUUCAAAUUUGACCUUAAAGUAUACUAGUAGGCUUGAUGAACUGGCAAAGGAGCCUAAACCAGAAGAUUGA